UGGUAGUUUAAUAGAUUAUGAAUCAUUUUUAUUUUUAGCAAGAUUGAAAUUAUGAAAAAUGAUUUAUAGCAAAGAAAAUGUUUUGAAUGUAUGGUGAUUUUCGCUUUUAGAGUUUCUUCUAAGGCCAACCUGCAAUUUUGACACUUCACUUCAAAUUGUACUGACGAAGCUAUAAAAAUAUACAUGGGGAGUAUUUCACUAUGUCCAAAGAAAAAGCAAUAUUAUUGAGAGUACAAUCUCCUGAAGGCACCAAAAGAAUUGAAGUUAGCGCGUCUGCUUCAACAUGCCAGCUUUUUGAAACCAUACAUGAUGUUUUCGAUUUGAACAGCUUCGCUUUCACACUGUAUAAAGAGAAGAACAAGAAAAAUGAAAUUGCCAGCAGUAAAUCAAAGACUGUACGUUCUCUGGGUCUGCGACAUGGAGAUAUGAUAUAUCUAGCUCCUGUAAAUGGAGCGGUUCUAUUCACUAAUAACACCCCAUCUGGGGAGCCAAUUGAUGAAUCGGCACCAUCUACUAGCUCUGUGGUUGCCGUUUCAAGACCUGCUAGUACUAGUGCGUAUAUUAGACCAAAUACUAACAUAAAGGAAGAUGAGGUGGAUCUACAGUUAUACAAAAUGGAUGGAAAGAUUGAGAGACAAAGUGACGAAAAACUGUGUCGCCAUAACGCCAACUCACGCUGUGUUCACUGUUCACCGCUGGAGCCCUUCGACGAAGCUUACCUGCGUGAACAUAAUAUAAAACAUUUAUCUUUCCACUCUUAUUUGCACAAGAUGAUGUCCGGCGUGGAUCGCGGUAAAUUCUUAGCUUUGGAGGACAUCUCUUGCCGCAUUAAGAACGGUUGCAAGGACCAUCCUCCAUGGCCAAAGGGCAUCUGCUCCAAGUGCCAACCCAACGCCAUCACGCUCAAUAUGCAGGCGUACAGACACGUGGAUAACGUCGCUUUCGAAAACACCAACUUGGUGGAGCGUUUUCUGAAUUAUUGGCGCGUCACCGGACAUCAAAGAAUCGGAUUCCUUUACGGGACUUACGAAAUUCAUGCGGAUGUGCCAUUAGGUACAAGAGCGAACGUGGUGGCGAUCUAUGAACCGCCGCAGGAGAGCUCUCGCGACUCGGUUCGCCUGCUACCCGACGAAAAGGAGGAGGUCGUGGAGCAAAUAGCGACUUCCCUGGGUCUUAGACGCGUGGGAUGGAUCUUCACCGAUCUCUUAGCCAAGGACGUGCAAAAGGGCACCGUCAAGCACACCAGGAACAUCGAGAGCCACUUCUUGUCAGCCCAGGAGUGCAUCAUGGCCGGUCACUAUCAGAACCUACAUCCCAACGCUUGCCGAUACGCCUCCAAGGGCUAUUUCGGCUCUAAGUUUGUCACCGUUUGCGUCACAGGCGACAAAACUAAUCAGGUUCACAUGGAGGGCUAUCAAGUGUCGAAUCAGUGCAUGGCGUUGGUGAGGGACAACUGCCUGUUGCCGACGAAAGAUUGCCCAGAGCUGGGGUACGUUCGUGAGUCUUCCGACAAGCAGUACGUUCCCGAUGUCUACUAUAAGGAAAAAGACAGUUAUGGUAAUGAAGUAUCCCGCCUGGCAAGGCCUCUCCCGGUGGAAUACCUCCUGGUGGACGUGCCGGCCUCCACGCCUGUCACCCCGCAAUACACCUUCAACAGCGACCCAUCCAAGCAGCCGUUCCCAGUUGAGAACCGCAUGGUGGACGGCCACAUCCAGGAUUUCAACGCCCUGUCUACCUACCUAUCACAGUUCGCCUUUAAUGAAUUCUUUACCGCGAUCAACGACUUCCAUCUUAUCCUCUACAUAGCCACAAUGGACAUGCUGCCGAUGCGGGAAUUCAUGGGACCCUUACUGGAGGCCUUAAAGAACAAGAACAGGGAGGCGGCUAACGAAUGGUCCAGGUCGGAGCACUGGGCGACCGUGGAGCAGCUGAUCGCGGCGAGUUCUCCGCCACCGUCAAGGCCUGGCAGCGUGGCCUCGGGCAGCAUUACCGCUUCCACGGGAACACCCAGCGGACCAAAAUGGACGUGCCCGUUUUGCACCUACCUGAACAACGCCGACGUCCAGAACUGCGAGAUGUGCAACCUGCCCAGGUCCAGCAGGCCACACUAAGGUAUUUAUCUAGCCUUAGCUCUUAAGGUGCGUACCCGUGUAUAUUUAUUUCGAUUCCAAGGAUUCUGCGCGACGGGUACUUGUUAUGUUCUCGCACAAAGUCGGAGUAUCGAAGGGGUUCGUUCAAUUGUCUUUUAAGUGAUUUAUUAACCGAUCAUCAAAUUACGAAUUGAAAAAGGAAACUCGCCCUAUUUUUUUACAUUAAUACCAGUUUUUAGGUUAGGAACUCAGGAUAGGAAAUAUUAAUGUCUUUUAGUUUAGUUUUCAUUAAUUCCUUAAUAGAAUUAAUACAGUUAUUUGAAUAUUAUGGAUAAGUUGUUUCCUGAGGUAGCUUAUAAAUAUUGGUUAUUCUGGGCCCAGAAUAGGUCCUCGGGGUACCUCUUGGUUAGAAUGUAUCGGGUUCAGAGUUUCUUUGAAAGCAUUUUAGAAAUAUUAGAAUUAUUGGCUGAAAUUAUUAACUUAUCAAAGGAAACAGCAAACUGGCUAAAAUCAACUGUCACGUUUAUGAUUUUAGCUUUUAACGAAUGAAACUUGUAGAUUGUAAAUACGUUAGAAUGUUCGUUUGCGUAGCAGUUAAUAGAUAGUCCUAGUAGAUUUACAGAGUAACUUUGUUUCCUUAUUGUUCUGAAUCUGAUUUACAGACCUUUUCCAGAGUAGCACGAUGAGGAGAGGCGGUAAAAUGUUUGUGAUUAAACAGAAAAUAAACUAAACUGUAAUAGUUUCCUUCUUUUUUUUAAUAUAUAAAACUGCUUAAGUUUCCCCAUAAAUGUCGCAUCGAUUAAAAUUUUUGAAAAGGACUUCAUGGAGUUUCAGCAUCUCUAAGACGAGCGAUAUUUUUCUAAAUUGUUGUUACGAGUUUUUGCGUUAACGGUAAAUUUCAGAUUGUACUGUAAAUAGUAUGUCAGUUUAAUUUAAUUUGUGUUGAUUAAGUUGUGUUUUAUUUAACUUAUAGUGUAUGGUGAAAUGAAUAAAAAAAAUGUUAAAAUGG